GGAGGAACAGCAGUCACCGCCACACGCUUCAUCUCUCAGAUGCUUAUUGUGGGCGGUGCAGCAUCUCUGCCUCACAUAACCCGUCCGUCCGUUCGUCCUUCCGGGUGUCCAUCCGUCCCUCCGUCCCUCCGGAGGCAACUGGAAGUUUAACCCGCACACAGAAGCCGAGAGGCGGCGGCCAUGAGCGCUGCGUCCCGCUGACAUCCAGCAUCCAGAGAGCCGCCGCAGCUGGAACCUGCGAUCCGAGCGUAGAGAGCGGAGGAGGGGAGCACUGCAGCAGACAUGCCGGGCCUCAUCACACUGGCUGCUCUCCUGGUUAGCUGCGAUGCCUUCAGGUUGGCUUCGCCGCUCCACCAGGACGAAGGCCCAGCCCAGACAUCACGCUUCCUCCGGGAAUUAGUCCGAGCCAAACGCCACUCAGUCCAUGAGCUGGUGCGAGCUCAGCCUCACCUGGUCCACGACAUGGGCUGGCCCGAGAUACAUGAAACGUCCCGUUCGCAGGGAAAGAUGGAGUCGACCAACUCCUCCCAGCUGAACGCACCAGCGAGGACUCGGGCCGCCGUGGACGAGAAUCUGGAUGUGGAGGACGAGAUGGAGCGGAUGGUUCAUCUGGCGGUUCCCCUGGAUGAAGGAGGCUUCAGGGGGCAGCCCGACUCCGCUGACCCAGAGACGGAGCUCCUCGGUGGGACUGGGGCCACCGACGCCUCCCAGGAAGCUUCUGGCUUCUACGGAACCGACCUGGAGGACCGAGAGAGACGAGCAGGAGAAGAAGAGGAAGAAGAAGAAGAGAAGACCGAAGACGACGUCCUGGAAGCCGCAGAGGGAAACCACACGACGCCAGAUCUGGACGCUCUGAUCGGCUACAGUCCAUCCUUCCAUCCGUCCAGCUCCCAGGAGCCCAGCGUCUCCUUCCCAGCCGAGGUGCACAAUUCUGGGAUGCAGGAGCACCGAGCUUCCCCCGUCCUGGAGGUGGGUCCUUUAGAGAGGGAGCUGUGGGAGGCAGAAAGGGAGGAAGACGUUCAGUCCAGCGGUUACGGAGUCCUUCACUCCUCCACGACUACAACCAGAACUACAUCUGUUGCUACGGCGACGUCCACUCCCGCUGCUGCUGGAGACGCUGUUGGAACUGCGACACCUGAAACCGACACCGGAACAGACUUCGGGCUGCUGGGAAGCUACACAAAAGAUGUGACAGAGGAUGAGGAGGCGGAGAGGAAGGAGGAAGAGGAGGAAGCAGGUCUGACUCACUUGGACGUUUUUACCCAGAAUCCAACAGCGCCGGAGGUCGGCUUGGCUCCCAGCAGAGAACCUCUGCAGCCCAGUGUGGAGGAAGAAGAGGAGCUGGAGCAGGGCGAGCACAACUCUAAAGUUUUAAAGGGAAAACUUCCACCACAAAACAGAGACAGAAGCGAGGAGGUGGAGGAGGAGAAAUGGAGGAAGAUGAACAGAGAGGAAACUAAAAUCCGACACAUCGUCCCUCUCACCACGGAUCCUUCACCGACUGUCGGCUUCACCUACCCAGACCUCAGUGGGAUGGAGAAGGACCAGCAGGUGGUGUGUAUCGACUGGAGUGAGCUGUCCGGACGUGGUUAUGUCAUCCUGAACAUGGUGCAAAACAUGAACUGCGAGGAGUUUCGAGUGUGUCAUGGCGUUCAGUUGUUGAAGAUCAUGGAGGAAGUGUUUGCCCGAAGAAUGAACAGCCCCGAGGGAUCGUGGGUAAUCUACCUGAGCAAACCGACGCACCAGCAGCACCAGGUGCUGAUGAAUGUGGCGACUGAACACGGAGUGAUGGCUACCAAGGAUGUGCUGGGGAUGCUGGGAGAGAUCAGGAAAAGUCUUGAAACGAUGGGCAUUGAGAGCUACAGUGCUGCCAGCACCUGUGAGUCUCAGCCCAGUCAGACUCGCAGCGACUACGGAAAGCUGUUUGUGGUUCUGGUGAUCAUCGGCUCCGUCUGCAUGGUCAUCAUCACGUCUGGAUUCAUCUACAUCUGCUGGCAGAGACGCCUGCCGGCCACCAAGACCACGUUUCGCGCUGAGGAGCUUCACUUCGUGGAGAACGGUUGCCAUGACAACCCGACUCUGGACGUGACCAAUGACAGCCAUCCCGAGAUGCGGGAGAAAAAGCCGAGCACCAACGGGCUCGCGGGGGGAGGGGAAGGAGGCGGAGAGAAGGGCAGCCGCUGGCAGGUGUUUGUCAAUCAGGCAGCAACGGAGGAGGAGGAAGAGGAGCAGGAUACACAUCUCUGAUCAACGAAGAGGAGGCAUCUUUUUAUGGACAGACAGAGGAAAGAGGAAGAUGAUGGGAUGGAAAUGGUGAAAGAAACAGAGAAAAAUGAAGGAAAAGGUUGUUGAUGGAUGUUAAAGAUGUGUCGUCUAGUGAGAGGAGCUCAGCAGGAGGAGUCACUGACGUCAUUUUGGAUAUCACACACUCAAAUCUCUCUAAAUGGUGAAUCUCUUACAUGUCUGAAUAUUUGAAAUAGUAAAACAAGCUGAGACAAAAUGAAGAAUUUCCAAAAAACUCAAAACAAACCCCUGCUUGAUUUUAGCUAAUGUGACCAUCGCAAUUAUAUGUUUAGCUUUGUGCCUUAGCUCUGUAGACAAUUAAAACUAGAGACGAAUCCUCAAAUGUAAAGGAGCUUUAAUGUCAUGAGUUAUGUAAAACAACUUAAAAAGAAAAUAGCCAUAAUUUUUUUUACAUUGUUUUUUAGAUUCCAACUCUGUUUUGUUGCAAACUUAUCGUAUUUUCACAAAUUGUCCCUUUUACUUAAUGCAUGAAAAAGUUAAAUUCAAGUUCAAUACUGUCCAUAUAUUUCUAAAAUUAGAUACAAUUACCAACAAUUUUCAGAAAAGACGAAUAUUUUUUCUUUAAUUUUUCAAAUCCUUGUAAAAUCUUGUCAAAGUAACUUCAUACAAUAUGAUGCGUCCCACUGAAAGUAGAUAUCCAAAAAGUUUAAUUAACCGUAGUGGAAUGUAACCGAGUAUAUUUAGUUUACAGAUUGAUAUUUAGCAAAUAAAACCUAUCAUGCUCAUUAAAAAUACAUUAACAGAACAAAAAUACCCAACAAUAUUCAAAAUUGUCCAAAAUGGCACCACAUACUACAGUACAAUGACAUAAAAUUUCAUUUUUUAUUCAUAAAAAUUUUGUAUUUUGCAUUUUUUUUCUGCUAAUACUACAAUCACUGAAGUGGUGGAAUGUAAUUGAGUAUAUUUAGUUUAGCUACAGAUUAAUGUUUUGCAUACAAAACCUGAUGUGAUUAUUAAAAAAAAUGCGUUACUAGGGGCUAAAACUACCCAGCAGCAUUCAAAAUUUGCAAAAAAAAUGUGGCAAAUACGACAGUAAAAUGGCCUAAAAACUCACUUUUUAUGCAUAAAAGUUCAGUAUUUCGCAUUUUUCGACUGAUGCUACAAUCACUGUGGUGAGUAUAUUUAUUUUAGCUCCAUGUUUAUAUUUUGCAUAUAAAACAUAUCACAGUCUUCAAAAAUACGCUAUAACAGAACAAAACUACCCAAAAGUAUUCAGAAUUGUCAAAAUGGUACCACAAACUACAGUAGAAAGUCACUUUUUAUGCAUACAAAUAUAGUAUUUUGCAUUUUUUAACUAAUACUACAAUCAUUGAGGUGGGGGAAUGUUACUGAGUAUAUAUUUAAUUCAGUUACAGAUUAAUAUUUUCCAUAUAAAACCUGAUGUGAUCAUAACAAAUACAUUAUUGUAGGUGAAGCUACCCAACAGUAUUCACAAUCGUCAGAAGUUGUACCAAAUACUACAGUAAAAUGACAUAAAAACUCACUUUUUAGACAUAAAAAUGUAAUAUUUUUAUUUUUUUCCACUAAUGUUACAGUCAUUGAAGUAGGGAGUAUAUUUCAUUUAGCUACAGAUUAAUGUUUUAAAUAAAAAACCUAUCAUGAUCUUCAAAAAUACAUUAUAACGGAACAAAAAUACCCAACAGUAUUCAAAAAUUAUCCAAAAUGGCACCACAUACUACAGUUUAAUGAAGUAAAAAAUCACUUUUUAUUCAUGAUACUACUAAUACUACAAUUACGGAAGUAGUGGAAUGUAACAAAGUAUAUUUAUUUUAGCUACAGAUGAAUAUUUCGCUAUUAUGAUGCAAAAUCACCCAAAAUGGCACCAAGUACUACAGCAAAAUGGCAUAAAAACUCACUUUUUCUGCAUAAAAUUUAACAUGUUGCAUUUUUUCUACUAUUACUACAAUCACAGAAGUAAUACCCUGAAUGUAAGACUCGGACUGGAGUAUUUUUACAGUGCUGCGUUCAUAUUAGCGCCUUUAAAAUGGUCUGACGGUGGCGACUCCUCUUAGUUGCUCCUCCGAACACGAAGUUGAACCUGUAGCAACUUUUUGACAGAAAUGUUUUGGCACUUUAUCGAUUCCUCUCGGAAAACUAGCGACUAUCAUCGUUGAAAAAUGCUGCAUCAUGUUAAAUGUUACUACAUACGGUGACUGAAAUAUCUCUAUUUUUGCUUAUAGGAAUGGUUGUUAAGCGCUGAGGAUGUUUACGACUCGGCGACUCGUCUCGUGAAUCGCUAUACUCGUGUGCCGUUUAGCCGCUUUUAUUUUUGUUCGUUUGUUCGUUUAUUUCCAAUAGCGCUGGAAUAAAUGGCUGCAGUAUGCUGCUGGCUAAACCUUGAGGCUAUGACACGUGGGCGGCGACAUUUACAGGCCGAAAGCAUGAACAUAUUAGCUAGUUACGGUGUCCAAGUCCAAGUCGCCAAACCCCUAGUCCAAGUCGAGCUCCAAGUCUUCAGUGUUUUAGUGUUUAAUGUUAAAGUCAGAGGUACCAAGGACAUGUUUUUAAUCAAUACAGUCAUGUUUUUAAUCACUACAGUUAUGUCCGAGUCACUAGGGUCAUGUCCGAGUCACUAAGGUCAUGUUUGAGUCACCGAGUGGUUGUAAAGUUCGAGUGUUAGCAGUAAUAUUGGUGACAGUUCAGUCAUGACAAUGUGUGGUGGCUUGGACAUGACCAGAGUUUGAGUCACUCUGGUCAUGUUCAAGUCAUUAUAUUCAUAUUUGAGUCACUAUGAUGAUGCUCGAGUCGCUCUGGUGAUGUCCAAGUCACUGCAGUCAUGACUGAAAACUACUUGGUUAUGUUUGAAUCACUAGAGUCACAUCAGAAUUACAGUGAUCAUCGUUACUGCAGUGAUGUCCAAGUCACUAGGAUUUCACUCGAGUCACUACAAUCAUGUCCAAGUCACUUGGGUUGUGUGCAAACCACCAGGAUUGUGUCUGAGUCAUUAGGAUUAUGUUUGAGUCACUGAGUCUUUGUCAAAUUUGAGUCAUAGCAGCAACAUUCCAGUAGCUGUGGUCAUUUUUGAGUCCUGAAUGUUUUGUCAUGACUUUGUUUGGGGACUUGGACAUGAACAGAGUGACUCCGACAUAUAGUUCAAGUCACUACAGUCAUGUUAAAGUUAUCACAUUCAUGUUCAUGAGUCACUAUAAUGUCAUGUCUAUGCUCAAAUCCCUAUUGAUAUCCACGUCACCAGUACACCGAGACACCAGGACUUCAUUUGAGUCACUACAGUCAUGUCCAAGUCACUCGGGUUAUGUUUAAGCCACCAAGUCAUUGACAAGUUUAAGUCAUAACAGUAACUUUCGAGUAGCUGUGGUCAUGUUCGAGUCCUAACAGUUCUGUCAUGAUUGUUUGGUGACUUGGACAUUAACGUAGUGACUUCAACAUGUAGUUCAAGUCACUCCAGUCAUUUUCAAGUCAUUGCUUUCAUAUUUGAGUCACUACAAUGAUGCAGAGUCAUCAUUAUUAUGGCCCAUUAAUUACAACCAUGUUCUAGUCAUUAUCAUCAUAUUCAAGUCACUACAGUCCUGUCCAAGUCAACUAAAGUCAUCCAGGAGUCACAGAGGAUAUGUCAGAGUCACUACAGCCAAGUUUCUGCAAUUUAUACAGUGAUGUUUGAGGAGCUUUAAUGAUGCCAGAGUCACUAUAGAAAUUAGAGUCACUACAAGUUCGAGUUCCUACAGUAACAUUCAAGCCACUGUGGUCGCAUUCAGGCUUGAGUUACUGUGGUCUUGAUCUUGUCUGACUCGCUGUGUUCAUGUCUUCAUGAAUGCAGUCAUGUCAGAGUCAUUAUAGUCACGUCCAAGUCAACAUAACUCACCCGGGACUCACAGAGGACAUGUCAGAGUCACUAUGACCGAGUUUAAGUAAUUUCCACUUGUGAUGCUACAAUUGUUUCAGAUCUGUAAGACUUUCAUCGUGUUUAAGUCUUCGUGGACAUUACUGAGUCAUGUUCGAAUCACAUCUGCAGUCACAUCAAAGUCAUUUUGGUGUCACUAGCAUCCUGUCUGAGUCUUUAUAAUGGCGUCCAUGCCUAUGGUUCUGUCCGACUUCAAAAACAUCAUGGCAACAACUGACCAACCACUUGAAGUUCAAAUUAACACGUCAAAAAUGGGACUCGCACAACUCUUCGUGUCUUGAACUUCAGCAUAAACAGUAACAUCAGAAUUACAAAAUAAUCUGAGAUGUAUUUCUGUGAUCCUCAACUCAAAUCACUGCUGGAGUGGAGACAGAAAAUCAGCAGCUGUAAUCACGUUUUGUUUUCUUUUUAUUUGUCUUUAAGACUGAUUCUGAUGCUGCUGUUGUUGGUCUGUGUUCUACUUCCUGCCCAUCUGCAUUUCAUCCAGACGUCGCUGGUGUUUUCGCUUUUUUACUCUGACUUUUCUUGAUGUAACGAUACUGUAUAUGGCUUCACUAUAAACUAUCGAUAUGCACUUUGUCGGCUAAGCAGGAUUCAGGACAAAAACCGUCUUUCGUGAAUACUUUAAAUAACUGCCUGCGGCGUAGAUUAUCUGUUUCCGAGAGCACAACGUACGGGCAGAAUAGACGAGCAUGUAGCUUUCAGCACUGCAGCGAGCAUCAAUAUAACAAAAACACACAGCUGAUGUUGCUUUUAGUUUGACAAAUGAGAGACUUUAUGUUGCUUGGACUGAACAGAUUCUGAUUUUUUUCAAGUUUUUUUUUUUAGUUUUUCUUCUCAGAAUCUCACAGAUGUCUGUUAGCAGUGCUGCUAGUACAAGUCAAUGGGCAUUCAGUUGUAGCAAAAACACACAAAUGACCCUUUGUAAAGUCGACAAGGUAUGAUGUAAACAUUUAAACAUUUUGUUGGGUUUUCAUUUCUGAAUUUUAUUGUUUUUUGUCUGUUGUUUUACAGGUCUUUUUUCUAUGUCUGUUUUUAUGCAUUUUGAUCACAUAUUGUUUAAUUUUUUGGUUGUCAAUGUAAUAAGUGUGAGAAAUAAAAAUUUGAAGAAAACGUA